AUGGCAUCAUCAGACCCUUCUAGACCAGCAACCGGAUACCCUUUCGUCCCAAACGGCAUCCACCAUCCACCACCACCAACUGGCAACGCCUAUCCUUACCAAGCCCCACCACCUCCACAACCCACUAACCCUUACUACUACAGCACCAACCAACCUUACCCUAACCAACGCGCCACCCUCCUCCGCCGUUUAAUCGCUGCUCUAAUAAUCUUCGCAGUCAUUUUCUUCACGAUACUCUUCAUUUGCUGGCUCGUUAUCCGACCACACCUCCCUGAAUUCCGCAUCACCUCUCUCUCUGUCUCUAACUUCAAUGUCUCCUCUUCGUCCUCCAGUGUGACUGGUGACUGGAACGCUAGGUUUCAGGCUUAUAAUCCCAACAAGAAGCUGAAGAUCUCGUACGAUGAGCUGCGGAGUUCGAUUUAUUAUAAAUCAGAGCUUUUGUCUCAGACGAGGAUUCCGCCGUUCAAACAGGGCAAAAAGAAUGUUACUGAUAUCAACGCGGAAUAUGGGGCGUUGAGUUCUUAUAUUGAUGGGCGGGUAGCGAAUCAGAUUAAUGGGGAUAAAGGGCGUGGAUUGGUGAGUUUUAAUUUGAGGGUUCUUGCUGAUGCGGGGUUUAAGGUUGGUGGGCUUAGAGCAAGAAGAAGGUUGCUUAGGAUUUCUUGUGAUGAUGUGCCGGUUGGGUUUUCGAGAGCUGGAGGAUCUGGGAACUUGACUGGUGGUGCUAGGCGAUGCAGUGUUUAUGCCUGA